AUGGACCCGCGCCGCGACGGAGGCGGAGGCGGAGGCGGCGCAUCCGGCGAUGGCGACGGCAACAACCAAAUUCUGUGGGAUUGGCAAGAGAAGGAGCAUGGCGAACCUAGUGAUGGAAAUCAUGAUGUUGCUAAGUUCGUGUGGGAUUGCCUCAACCGAGAUGAUGAUGAUGAUAAGCUACUUGGAUUACUGGGAAAUCAAACUCCUCUGCGAGACUGCCGGGCCUUCUUUGAUAUUGGGGGUAGGAAACUUCUUUUUUCAGAGAAUUAUCGGCACUAUAUUCCUCUUGAAGUUUUGCUUAAAGGAAUAAGGUUACUUGUGCCAGAUAUCACUUGCAAGGAGACACUAGACCUGGAGGAGUCUCGGGAAUCAAAGCGGCGACGCGUGUUGGAGUACCCUUCUGAGGUUAAUCAGCCAGAAGUUGGUGAUCAUGAAAUGUGUUCUAAUUUUGUGACAUCUGAGGUAGCAGAGACUUCAUUGCUUUGCACUGAUGAACCACAGAGUUUAAACUGGAAUAUGCAGCUCAAUUCAGAUGAUUUAGAUAAGUUCAGUUCCUUGUCUAAUGGAGCAUCCUACGAGCCAUCAGAUAAUCAAUUGGAUAAUUACUCUGAAGGAGCUACUAUCUACUACACGCCUGAUCAAAUGCCUUCUAGCCAGGAGAGCGUUACAUACAUUGGUUGUCAAACCGAUGUGCCAGGAACAAGUGAGAUUGCUCCGGUGACAGAAAGUCUCAUAAUGCAUGAGACUAGGAAACUUUCUACGCUCAAAGUAUCUAAAGGAGGAAGCUCGAUGAUCAAGGCGAAGCAAAAUGUAACUACAUCUAUAGCAUACCCUUUUACCCUUAUCAAACCAUCUUGGGAAGAAGGAGAUGUCACUCUCAAGGAUAUAAAUCAGCGCAUCCAUGCUCCUCCAAAGAAGCCUCCAGAAAUCCUGGAAACUUCAGCUUUCUCUGGGAAGCCCGUCAUUGGCAAGACAAGAAUCAGAACAGAAGGUGGGAAAGGCAGCAUCACAAUACUAAGAACCAAGGGCUGA